AUGGUUUCCGCAAUUGCUUUCGUCGCCCCCAAGCCGGGAGCGCCAUUCGAGUGUCGAUCUGUGGAACUUGACGAAGUAAGGCCACAUGAAGUCUUGGUUGAUAUCAAAGCCACAGGUAUCUGCCACACCGACAUUGCAGUCCAACAGGGGAAACUUCCAAUGCGGUUGCCCGGCAUUCUUGGCCACGAAGGGGCAGGUGUGGUCCGUAUGGUCGGGUCAGAAGUGAAGGACGUCCAGCCAGGCGACCACGUUGUUCUGUCGUAUAACUCUUGCGGCACCUGCAGAAGCUGUAAAGGCGAAAAGCCAUACCAGUGCGACAAUGCUGAGAGCAUGAACUUUGGUGGCUCGCGGCCGGAUGGAUCUCAAACCGUCACCUCAGACUCGGAAACAAUACGCACCUGUUUCUUUGGCCAAUCGUCUUUUUGCAGCCCCGCGAUUGUCCAGGAAGCGUCGUGCGUGAAGGUAGACAAGAGCCUUCCGCUGAAAGUCAUCUGUGCACUUGGCUGCGGGUUCCAGACGGGAACUGGGGCAGUAUAUAACGUGGUGGACCCUCAGCAAAGGAAUAUCCGGCACAUUGCGAUCUUUGGGGUUGGGGCAGUCGGCUGUGCUGCUAUCAUGGCAGCAUCUCAUCUGGCGACAUCAUCCAGCGCGGCACCCGCUUUCGAAAUCAUCGCAAUAGAUAUCAAUGAUUCACGUUUAGAACUUGCGAAAGAGCUUGGCGCGACCAGAGUCAUCAACUCAAGACAGGGAACCGCUCGAGAGGCCAUUAUGGAGAUCACCAAUAACGAGGGCCUCGACGCCGCCGUCGAUUGUACUGGCGUGCUUGCUGUCAUCAACGAGAUGAUAGCCUUGGUUGGGCCGGGAGGCAUAGCAGUGUCGGUCGGCGGUCCACCACCAGGAAUCAAAGCUUCUGUGGAUGUCUUUGGCAUGAUCAUCAAAAGUAAGACUUACAGUGGAUGCCAUCAAGGGAAUGCCUUUUCAAAGACUUAUAUCCCCUGGCUUGCCGACUUAUACGCAAGGGGCCAAUUUCCUCUGCAAAAGCUGCAAAAAACGUACAGGGCUGAGGAGAUCAACCAGGCGUGCCAGGAUAUGCUUGACGGCAAAGUCCUAAAACCAGUUCUUCUCUGGGAUUAA